GGGGCGGCGGGCUGGCUCCUCAGCAGUCCGCGGCUGCGGCGGCGGCGGAGGCGGUUGCGACGGCGACAUGGAGAGCGGGGCCUACGGCGCGGCCAAGGCGGGCGGCUCCUUCGACCUACGGCGCUUCCUGACGCAGCCGCAGGUGGUGGUGCGCGCCGUGUGCUUGGUCUUCGCCUUGAUCGUGUUCUCAUGCAUCUUCGGUGAGGGCUACAGCAACGCCCACGAUUCCAAACAGCUGUACUGCGUGUUCAACCACAACGAGGACGCGUGCCGCUUCGGCAGCGCCAUCGGGGUGCUGGCCUUCCUGGCCUCGGCCUUCUUCUUCGUGGUCGACAUCUAUUUCCCCCAGAUCAGCAACGCCACUGACCGCAAGUACCUGGUCAUCAGCGACCUGCUCUUCUCAGCUCUCUGGACCUUCCUGUGGUUUGUUGUCUUCUGCUUCCUUGCCAAUCAAUGGGCAGCCACCAAGCCGGCACUUGUGCUGGUGGGAGCCGACUCAGCCCGGGCGGCCAUCGCCUUCAGCUUCUUUUCUGUCUUCUCCUGGGGCAUGCUGGCCUCCCUGGCCUACCAGCGCUACAAGGCCGGAGUGGACGACUUCAUCCAGAACUACGUGGACCCCACUCUGGACCCCAGCACGGCCUAUGCCUCCUACCCAGGCACGCCUGUGGACAACUGCCAACAGCCACCCUUCACCCAGAACGCCGAGACCACAGAGGGCUACCAGCCGCCCCCCGUGUACUGAGCGGCGGCUGGGGAUGGUAAGGGGAGGAGGGAGGGUGCCUGGGGGUCCUCCCCUCUUCCCGGACUCCUCCCCCAGAGGUUGGUCUCCCAGAGCUGCCGGCCCCUCUCCAUCCACCUGGCGCCUGUCGAGCUGACGCAAGGCCUGGAGAGAGAGCCCCUGCCUCCUCGGCCUGUGCCCCAGGGGGCUUCACCCACCACUCCUCGAGGGCAUUUUUUAGGGAAGGGUUUUUGGUUGGACAGGUUUUGUCAUUGCUUUUAAUGAUCCCCAGCGCCGCCUGGAGUAGGCCCGACAUGCUGGUUUGACAAGUGCCUUAGCUUCUCCCCAGCCGGAAGGAGCCGGGCCACGUGCAGGCCUCGGUGGCCGCCGCCAUCUGGGGGUCUCUGCCAAAGAUGAGGCUGUGGGGCCUUCCCCCUGCUCUGCUGCUGGCACCGGGCUGGGGCUCCUUUCCUCCUCACUCAGGUUCGUGCUGCCCCCAGCCCCCUGCCCCCUGCCUGCUCUGUGAGCGGCAGCCCGUGCUCACUGCUGAAGUGUCUGCUCACUUGGAUCUGGGCUCACGACUGUGCCAGUGCCUCUGGGUCACCUUCCUGACAGCCUAGGCGCAGGGCUGGUGCCCCCCCCCCGCCAGCGGGCUCGGGCAGCACUGUCUCUGCUCCCACCCCUUGGCCGAAGGAAGGGGCUUUGCCUGAUGACAACACCCAGCUUUAUGUAAAUACCCCACCACUGUUAGUUGGGAGGUGUGGGGCACACCCACAGCCCCCAGGCUGCUCUGAAUGUAUUGCAGAGCCUUGGGGGAAGAAGCACAGCACCCUUGGAUUCUGUUAGGACAAAUUUUGGAGAUGGAAUAAAUGUUUUUCUCAUUCAUAA